AUGGGCCAUAUCAUCAACACCGUCGCGAGCGUCGCGGCUUUGACCGCGCUCUUCAUCCCCGAAGUAGCUGCUCAGUCAUGCCCGGGCGUCAACAGUCGCUUCCAGCCCCGUAUGGGUUCUGGGUACCGGUUCAGCUUGCUUGCUACCGGGCUCCGCCAGCCCAGACACAUAACCAUCGAUAGCGCCGGUAACCUCCUUGUCGCUGAGGGUGGUUCUCAGUCAGUCAGACGCUUGGUCCUUCAGGAUCAGGGCAACAUCGUUUGUGUUCAGUCCAACACCCAGCUCAGCGGUACCAACACCAACCAUGGUAUUGCUCUUUCUGCUGAUGGCAGGACACUCUUCACGUCCAACUUGGCCUCGGUGAACGCCUACUCCUAUGACCCGGCCACAGGACAGGUUGGCUCCGGACGCCAGAUUGUAAACGGAAUGUCCAACACGGGCACUCACCCGACCAGAGCCAUUGCUACCUCCAAGUGGUCUCCAGACACCAUUCUCGUGGCGCGUGGUUCUCAAAACAACAUUGAUACCACGACCACUCAGACUUCCUCUGGUCGUUCGAUGAUCAAGACCUUCUCCAUCUCGGCUGGCACGCAGUCAACCAUCAACUACAACACGGGCGGCGAGGUCCUUGGCUGGGGUCUCCGCAAUAUCGUCGGCUUGACCGAGGACCCUGCCUACGGCGGCAUCUGGUCUGUCGAGAACCAGAUGGACGACCUCCGACUCAACGGUCGUGACAUCCACAACAACAACCCAGCUGAGCGCCUCAGCUACCACGGCGUUCUCAACGCCACCACCAACCGAUACAAGGGUCUCAACUACGGGUACCCCUCUUGCGUCCCGGCAUGGGACCCCCAAAACGUCGGCAUCAACGGUCUGGUGGUGGGCUCCCUCUUCAAGCCCGACUCUGUCCCCAACGCCAACGACUGUGCCAACCGCAUGACGGGCCGCCUCCAUUUCCACGCUCACACUGCUCCUCUUGAUGUCAAGUUCACCGCCAACGGAACUGCCGCAUACAUUGCGUUCCACGGCAGCUGGAACCGCAACCCUGCUGAUGGGUACCGUGUCAUGAGGGUGGACUUCCGGAACGGCGAUCCAGUGGCCGACGUCAGCUCGACGACGGCGCAGAUUCCGGUCAUGGAGAACAGCAAUGUCGGCGGCUGCCCCAACAACUGCUUCCGUCCGGUCGGUCUGGCGUUUGAUGCCAAGGGUCGCUUGUAUGUGUCGAGCGACACGACCGGUGAGAUUUAUGUCAUCUAUGGCGCUUGA